CAACGUGUUCCUCUCUGCAGUCGUUAUUCACAUCACAUAGAAUAUUCUUCUAAUAUCAAACGUUGAGAUCGUUUAAUGGAACGGUAAUAUAGUAUAAUAAAGUUAUCAUUGGUAAAAAGUAUAUAACCAUGGUCGCCGAUAAAUCGAUAACCAAUGCUUCCGAUUUCAUUAUAAAGGAUAAUAUAUUGAAAGGCAAAGAUGAACCUUUAUCCACGGAAUAUACGAACGUCGGAAAAUUACUCUUGGAUAAAAUGAAAGCCAGGCCCGACUUUGUUGGUCAGUUGGACAUUAUCACCGAAAAGACGUAUACCUUUGCGGAAAUGAUUGACCGUAUUGUAAAAUGUGCUCUAUGGUUACGUCAGGAAGGAAUCAAAACUAAUGACGUGGUCGCUGUAUGCGCUCCCAAUAUUAUGGAUAGUUUUGCACCAUUCUUCGCUACCUUCUGCGUGGGAGCAAUCUUUACUCCCUGGAAUCCCGCGAUGGAUAUACGUGAGGCACGUUACUUUAUGAAAUUAUCCGGUGCAAAAAUUGUUUUCGCGGACGAAAAUUCGGUAAGGACGAUAUUAGAAGCGGCAAAACUCGAUAAUAACAAUAUCAAGGUCGUCGUCUUUGGUAAAGCCUCGAAUGUCUUGUCUUUCGCGAAAGUACUCGAAGGACAUAGCAAGUCCGAAGUGGAGAAUUUUGAAUGUGCACAAAUCGAUAAUAUUCACGAUACAGCGGCACUCCUUUAUUCAUCCGGCACAACUGGUCUUCCUAAAGGAGUUACAAUCUCGCAUUUCGCUCUUUUGUGUAAUUUAAUCAUAAGUAAUAAUAUUCGUACAGAUGGAAUUCCAUUUUGGGUAUCGUCAUACUUCUGGAUCAGUGGAGUUUUAUUAACCUUGAGUUGUAUAGUUAAUUAUUGUCAGAGAUUACUUUAUCCUACAUUUGAAGAGGAAAUGACAUGUAAAAUCAUAGAGAAGUAUAAGGUUACAUGGCUGUUCUUGUCACCUAGCAUGAUAAAUAGAUUAUUGAAAACGGAAUAUUUAAAAAAGUACGACGUGUCCAGUAUUACAAAAGUAUGUGUUGGUGGAGCUAUAUUUACCGCGGAAAGUCAAAUUAAGCUCCGAGAAUGCUUGUCAAAUGGCGAUGUCAUACAAAUAACCGUUCAAACAUUCUUAGGAAUGACCGAACUUUGUGGCAUUGUAACGAGUCAAAAGCCGAAUCACAAAGCAGGUACCAUUGGAACGGUAACAGAUAACGCACAAAUCAAGAUUAUCGACAUAGCGACAGGAAAUGCAUUAGGACCAAACAAGACAGGUGAACUUUUGGUAAAAUCAAUGAAGAUGACGAAGGGUUAUUACAAUAAUCCACAGGCAACCAAGGAUACGAUCGAUGCUGAUGGAUGGUUGCAUACCGGUGAUCUCGCGUAUUACGACGAGAACGGUGAAUUUUUUAUUAUCGAUAGACUGAAGGAGACAUUGAAGUACAGAGGUUUUCAAAUCUCACCAUCCGAAAUUGAGAAUCUUUUGCAAUCUCAUCCCGAUGUUGUUGAGGUUGCUAUCGUUGGGGUUCCUCAUCUUCAGGACGAUGAGCAUCCCAUCGCUUUUAUUACCAAAGUUCCUGGUUCGAAGGUAUCCGAACAAGAGUUUCAAAAAUUUGUGGCAAAUAAUAUGACGGAUUCUUAUCAUCUACGAGGAGGUGUGAAAUUUUUAGAAAAAAUGCCGCACACACCUUCUGGAAAAAUAGCCAGGAAAGAUCUUAAAGUAAUGGCUAAAAGUUACCAGGCCAAAUGAAUGUUGAAAUAUUUUCUUUAAUAGGAAAUUGAAAAUUUUCUAUUUUAUAAGUGAUAAUGAUAAUGACAAAUGAAUUCUUGUAAGAU